GUGGUGGCAGAUUUGCCUUAUCAAGAAUUUGGUGGGUUUGUGCAAGAUGAGUGCUGAAAAAGAUGUGGAUCAAACUAAUACACCGGAUUCUGUGAAAAACACUGUUCGAAAUCAUGGAUAUUCUCUUCGUAAGGGCGACUUCGCCCAACGGCCCAUGUCCAUUAGGAAGUUUCUCGAGCCUUUCGACCACAGCAGUUUAACAAAUAAUGAGGCUGGUGAGAAAUAUGCAGCUUAUAAAGCAAGUUUUGCUCGCCAACAGUUGGAAGAGUUUUUCGAAAGGAACAAAUCCUAUGCUUGGUUCCGCGAGAAAUAUCAUCCAGAUUACCUCACAGAGUCAUCGUCCAGCAUGAAGUUGUUCCAAAGACGUUUAGAAAUUUUUAUGGAGUUUUAUAGAAAUGGUUAUUUUGACAACCUACAUCUAACCAGUGGUUAUGAAAGUGAAAUUGUCCGGCUGUUAGAUAUGGUUGCGAUUAAACUGGCCGGUGGGACGGAAGAGGACUUUAUUCUUUUGGACAAACUACUCGAAGAUAGAAUUUCUGAAAAUCCCAACGUGAUCAUUGAGCCAUCGACUUUUCAACAUACAGAAAAUCUUAAACCAAACGACAAUAUAGUUCAGUCAUCAGAUAUUCGAGAAGGAUCAUUUGACAAGGAGAAAUUUGAUGCGAACACUACGAAAAAAAACCCUAAACCAGAUUAUUGCGAUUCUUCAAAAGUCCAGAAGCGUAAAGAGAUCAGAAUUAAAAAACGUCAAAAUAAUGCAGAUGAAGAGGAGGAGGGCGAAGACAGUAGUUUAAGUGAUGAUGAAAGUAAUGAUAGUGGAAGUGAUAGCGUAAACAGUCAUAGUAGAGAUUCCAGUUCAAGUAAUAAUAAUAGUACUAGUGGUAGUAGCAGUAGUAGCGAUAGUAGUGACGACGAUAAUGGUAGCAGUAAUAGCAGCAACAGUAGUAGUAGUACUGAUGAUGAUAAUAAUAAGAAACACCAAAGGAAAGUUAGCAUAUCUAAAAGCAAUAGCAGUGAUAGCAGUGAUGGUGAGACGGCUGUAAAACACAAGAAGAAUCAUUCUAAACUUGUUAAAUAUAAGAAUGUCCAAGACAAUUCUGGUCAUAGUGGUGACCGUCAUCGUCGGCGUCAUCACCGUCAUCAUGAUGAUAAUAAUAACACUCACGAUAAUGUGCACAACAAAGUCAAUUCCAGUUCAACUAACCAUUUAUAUAACAAUGAUCAUAACGACCAACAGAAUAGAAAUGAUUGUUCAAAAGUAGUGCCUGAUGAAAUCAACACGAUGUCUUCUACGAAAUCACUUAAUACGACAGGGUCAAAUCAAUCAAAUGAAGUUUAUGUACUAUCAGGGUUGACAGAUCCACCUUAUGUUGCUGGUGGUGUUGUUAUUAGUGAUGAUACUCAUAAUAAUAGUAUUACUAAUGAUGGCGAAAAAUCUAUGGAUUUCGAUAAUCUAACAGUAGAGAAAUCAGCAGAUCCAAUAAAUGAAGAUCAAUUGAAAGAAUUAAUUGUCGCAAAUGAACAAACUCGUCGACCCAUUCAUUAUACAACUUUACUAUUUUUUCCACAUAUUCCAUUCAAUAUAUUCAAGCGAGAUUUAAUAUCUGUACUUUCCACUUGUCCAUAUUUCUUACGCUUAGCUAUCUUAGAUCCUGUUAUCAUGCCGGAUACAAUGUCAUCAAUAACAGAUGAUCAAAUAUUCGGUAGGGUGAAAAAUCCUAUGCCUAAAAUUUUACUGAAACGCAUGGGAUGGGCAUCGUUUACUUCACAAUAUAUGGAUGAUGUUAACAAUAAGUGGAUUAGUAUAGAUUUAAUCGCUAUAAAAAAUAAAUUAAUUGAAUAUGCGGUUGAUCGUGAAGCUUCAAGUGAUUUAAUUGAGUGUCUACGUUUAUCGCGACCGAUUUCGGAUCAUUUAAAAGUACCACAUGAAGAACGCGCUCGAAAGACUGGACAUUUGUUCAAUAAGUUAUUAAGCGUAUGUCCAACUCGUAUUCGUUCAAAAGCUUUAGCACGUCGUCAUUUAGUGAUAGCAGCUCGUAUUAUUUAUGAUUUUGACAAGGCUAGAGGUUUGUGGUCAACAACAGAUAGAGAGAAUGAUAACAAUAUGUCAGCAGAUAAAGAAGGGGGGAAAGGAGAACAUAGUAACUUGAGACGUCAUGGAGAAGUUUCCUCUAUCGUUGACGAUGGUGAAGAAGAAGGUGAAGACGGUGGUGGUACUACUACUAGUGAACAAAAGGAGAACAUUUACAAAGAGACGUUGACGAUUAAUAAAUUAUCUCUUCAAAAUAAUUUAAGUGAAAAUGAUAUCAAUCAUUCAAGUAAUCAAGAUCGGUCAAUGGAUAUAGACCAAUCUUUUGAAAAUGAAGAGACAAUGGAAGAACAAAACAAUGAUUCAGAUUUGAAAGAAUCAUCUCAUCAGAAAACACAUAAGUCAUCAUCAUUACAAGAUAGUAAGAAUUCUAGUGACGUAUCUAUGCUUUCAGAUGAUGAAAAACAAAGUGAUUUUAUUGAUCCUGGUGACGACUUAAUAAAGGCGGCAAAUAUAUUAAAUAAUAUCAAAACAAUAAAUCCUUUUUUGCAAGGUUUAACUGAUUAUCUUGUUGACGAGGGAAAUGCUGAAGAAGAACUUCUUUUACUAGGCGGUAUGCAGUCGAUUUCAUUUCAACCAUCUUCAAUAACAAAAGGAACAUUAAUUAAUAAUUCACAAGUUAUUAGCUUACAUUCAACAUUACAAUUACAAAAACUUGAUAUAUCUUCUCGAUUCUAUGAAUCAGAUGAUAGUGAAUUAUUAGUUGUAUUGGAUCGUUUAAUUUUAUAUUUAAGAAUAGUACAUUCAGUAGAUUUUUAUGCACCUGCAUUUUAUAUGAAUGAAGAUUUAAUGCCACAUCCAUGUCGUCUUAUACAUAUUCGACCUGGUUUAAAUGAAAUAACUAAAGCUUUAACACAAAUUAAAAGUCCAGAAAAAUUAAUCAAUUCAGAAUCAGUUGAUCAUGUAAAUAUUUUAUUGUAUUACAUUUUACUUAUUCAUGUUAAAUUGACAAAAUGUUUUUGUAUAAUGGUCAUAGAUAUAGAGGAAAUUAUUAAUAGUUGUUUUGCACUUUUUGUAGAAGCGUCUCAACUGUACACAUAGAUAUAAACAGCGAUAACCACUCGUUUAAUGAUCGAGUUGAAUGUUGGACCACCUGAUCCUUGAUGGUAUCGUAAAACUUAUUUAUUUGAACACAUAGAUAUUGGUACAAGGAGACACCAAAUAUAUGUGCGCCACACAAAUCUCAUUUGACUUGUGUGAGGGCUGUGAUACUGCCCGGGUGCCCAAACCGAAGCAGGUGGUUUUCUUAGGAGGCCACACCCUGACCCUUCGACCUAGAGGUCUGAUCCACAAGGCAGUGGAGCAACAUUAGGAGAUGCGGUCCCAUGAUAGCCGGUGACCAACGAUUGGUUCAUACGCCAUUUGUUGCCUUAGGAUACUGGAGCCCACGUGCACCAUUGGUUUGGAAUCAAGGUUUUCCAACUCUCUAGGUGGACUCUCCAUGUCCACCAACCCGGUUAAAGUGCCGGACAUUCGCUUUUCAUCCUCUCAAUUUCGUAAACAACAGUAAUACCACAAGAAGGCAAUGAGUAGGACUUCCGUGGCAAAGGCUAUAUACGCGUGAUGAUAUGAGAGCAUUUUGAGAGGGGGAGCGAACUCUCCCCACCAGGGCGUUUGGGGGCAUCAUCAAACUAAUAAUCAUCAUCUUAUUUUCCACUGUUUAGCAAUUUUAAUUGUAGUCAGUUUGUUGUACAUCAUACAGUUCUAUAUGUGUCUCUGUACAGUAUAUUUAGUUUUUCCCCAGUGAUAGUGUUAAUAUUCAUAUCCUAAUCAGAUUCAAAUACAUGAGGGGUUAUUAACGUUGAUUUUCAUAAAGUUUCUGAUUGGUAUCUGCUUGUAAUGAAAGCAACCUGACUUACAUGAGAACGUUAUCAUUUUUAAGUUAUUUUACAGUUUUUAAAUUUCGAUAUAACAUAUUAACAAUAUGGAAUAAGUUGGUUCUCAGAUCUAAUAACCGAAUUCCUGAUGUCAAAAAAUAUAAUAAACAUUUACUAAUAAUACAUGACAAUGCCCAAGCAUCUGGUGAUAAGUUGGAACGUUAUGGUUAUGUAUCUACAACCCGGAAAAAACUUAUCUGCGAGUUAGUUUUCAUACGUAUCUUACUAUCUACUUAGUUUCGCAAAGCCAAUAUUUUAAAAACGAAUACUAAUAGCUUGGUACCUUAUUUAUGGUUUCGUAAGCUCUUGAGAAUGAAUAUAGCAAUUUCUUUAUUCAAGAGUCAUGAAACAUUUGCUUUAGUCAAAUUUUUAAACCAUUUGGUUUUUUUCGUAACCCGAUUGUCACCCCUAGUUUCAAAAAGAUUCUUAACAUUCUCUUACAUCCUCGUAAUUUUGUUGUUAUAUAAUCUAUAUGUAAGUUUCGUAAGUAUUUGUGUCAUAGUAGAGUGUAUAAACGCGCAACCGCAUGACUAAUUUUCCAGAAGGACAAAGCAAAAACUUCACCAAUGGUUGCAUCAAAGCUACUCUUGAAUUUAUAAACUUUCGCUCAUUAUAAAUGGAGUCGAGUAUUUUUUUCGUAAUCCCGAACGUUGAGGAAAUUUAAAGAUUUAUGUGUAAUUAUCAACGUCCAGUUUUUUAUGUAAACUUUCUUCGAAGCAUUUCUUGCGUUUCAUGGAACAACCAAGUGAGGAAUGUUGAAGUUGGGCAUAUUGUACUUGGUAAACGUAGGAAAUCGGUUGAUAAGACUGUAAAUCAUCAUAUAAAAUGGUUAAGGCAUAUGUCGCUCUCCCCAACGGCUGCCGACCUCAACAAACGAUGUUACUCGGUGUAGAAGUAGGCUGGAAUAAAGCUAAAGGGACAAACUAAAACGCAGCCUCUGUCCACAAAGUUAUUGACCGUUAACCUAAACCAUAUAGGUAGAUGCAGACUACUUAGUUGGCCUACGUGUGAUAAAUGUAAUCACAAUGAUUGAAGACGAGUGAUGUAACUCCGAAUCAUUCGCAAUGGCACAGAUGCAUUCACUUUUUGUUCUCUCGAACUUGAACUCCGGUAUUUCUACAUAUUCACGUUUUUAUUCUGUCUUUUCAAAUCAUAUUCCAAAGGUUUAGUCUUUCUUUUCAUCAUUGUUACCACAUUAUUUAGAUCUCGUUAUUUACGUCUCAUCCUGCUAGUUUAAUAUGGCGAAUUGGCUCAACGUACUUCUGUGCCAGGCUCUAUGUUGAUGUCUGUCUGUCUAUCAGUAUACUAGGCAUUCAUAUACUUACGAACAGAACUCAUUGUAUAGCAUUGUUUCUCAAGUUUGAUUUUAUUUUUCCUUGUACUGACUAGACGCUAAAAAUCCUUGAUUUUUUGACUUUAUUUCUGGUGGUUAUGCUUACAAAUGUAUGUGGAUAUUUUAUUCUUUGCUAAAAUUAAUUUUCAAAUUUUCCAAAAUGUUAUUUCUCUUACACAACCUAGUUAUUUGCCAGUCAAAUAAAACGUUUAGUACGACUCAUUACUCCGCUCACAGAAAAUGAUUGUAAAGGUUUGGGUUAUAGAAAUGCAGAUGAUGUUGUGGAAGAAUUCAUAAAAUUGAAUACACGUCGGAAAAAACGAAAGGCGUAUGUGUAAAGCUUAUACAAAUAUGUAUUGUUAUUAUUAAUUAUUUACUAUGAAGUAGGUUUUUUAUUAUUUGAUGGGCUGAAUAUUCGAUUGUUAAAAGAAGCUAAAGUAUGCUAAUGGGCAGAUGUUAUAUAAUGUGGUGCGAUGUGACCGAGUGAUAAAUGCUCACGAGAUCGAAUUAUUUGCUUAUUCCUCUAAUUGGACUGCAUUCAGAAAACAAGAUAAAUACCCAAUAGAAUAGGUUUUCCUUCCUAACUAAAUGUUACAUCUAUUGAACUCAAAAAUAAACAUGACAAGAGGUCAUUUAAUAAGUAAACGAUUAGAAGAUAUAGUAAGUAUGGGUCUAUCACUCUCGAUUAUAAUCAAAGUUUAACUAUCAAUCUUAAUUCUUGCCAUACUUCAUCAUCAUUAUGGUCAGUACAUAUAUAGUAAAAAUUUGCGACAAAUAACAAAGAAUAUUUAUUCUUUAACAGAUUAAAAUUGGGCUUUCAAAGUUUUAUCAAUGAUUAGCCUUGUUAUCUGGAACAAAAUAUCCAUGAAAACUAGACAGGUAUUAGUUCUUGGAUCGGUUAUGCAUAUGUGCAUAUAUAUUUAAAAGCUAAUUAUCAAUGACAACACGCUUGUUCUUUACAAAUGAAAAUUAAGAUAUUCUCCACGAGGUUAUUCCAACUGAUGCCAGUUCAUGACAAAAACAAUUUUCAAACUACAAAAUCUUUAGUAAACUACUUAAGUAAUUGAAACUUAUGGUCUAUAAUCAUGGUGGAGCAAUAACUUAGUGGUUUAGAUGUUUGACUUUCAACCACUAAGUCGCAGAACCAAACAUUGUCCCGCCUAAUAUAGCUUGAGCCACCAAGUAAUAUCACACCAAGUGUAGCUCGAAGCCAAAUACAGAAAUCUGCACCUCGAAAAAAAUCUAUGAUGAUAACUAGUUCUUUUCACCCAGUGUGUGUCAGAGUUUUGUAGGUCAGUUACUGUAAUAUUUAUCUAUAUAAUUUUUAUAUUAUUUAAGCGAUGUGAUAUGGGUUUGCCCAUUGUCAAAUAAGAAGUUUCGAGAUCCAAUCUACGUUAAGAAACAUAUUCUCAAUAAACAUAUGGAAAAGGUUGAAGCUGCUAAGAAAGAUAAUGCCUACUUUUUCAACAACUAUCUUCUGGAUCCUGCCCGACCCCAGUUGCCUCCUGAGCCAAGAUCUCCUAGAAGGCGAUCUCGGUCACCCUCACCAUCUCGUGGAACUGCUAGAGAAUCAAGUCAUCUAGCUAAUGAAACCAGUGAACGAGAACGUUCUAAUUCUUGGGCACAAGGAUCAAAUAACUUCCAGUCACAAAGAUGGCAGCAGUAUGGACGCAAUCGCAAUGAAGGUGGAAAUCUGGGAGGAAACUAUGGACGGGAUAAUAUACACAGUAACUUACCAUUCUACCCCCGACCAUAUGGUCGUCAACAGUAUUCGAAUUUCCGAAUUCCAUAUAGUGGUGGCAAUCAACGUAAUUAUUAUAAUGGUCCACGAACUGGUGGAUAUAACUUUAAUCGACGUGGUUAUCCAAGACGUUCGUAUGUUGAUCUGGAUGCACCUUGAGUGAAUGUCUUAUUUUAUUUGUAUGCAUUAGAUAAUGACAAAUCUUGUUGUUUCCAGUCCGCAAAUAAUCUCUAUGUAUUUUGUAUAUAAUUCAUAUCAAGGAAAACAGCAACUACACCCAACACCCAUCUUUUGUACUCACAACUACACUACUACUAUUCCUCGUCAAAUAAAUAAAAUUAAAAAAAUUUAAAAAUACUUCUGUUUCUAAUUUGAAACGUUGACUUUUC